AUGGUAGCCAUAUUGGUUCAUAGGAAACAGACCGUAAGUCAUAAAGGAGAAUUAUAGAGUUUGUAACCGAUAACAAAUAGGUGCAGCUUGUUUAUAAAGUUAGAGAAAAUUAACGAGAGGGGUGGGGGAUUUAUCUCGGAACUCAGGAUCUCGACUGGCGUUCCUAGAGGAUUAUUAUUGUACGUGCGACUACGAUCAAGAUGGCCGGUGAGAAGCUCGUCCCUUGUCCAGAAUUUCAAUUCUCGACAACAGCUUGUUAUAUCUGCAAUGGGUACUAUGGCCCAUGCUUCGAAGAGCCUGUUUGCGCGACCUGUCACGCAUUUUUGUUUCCCAAUGAUAUUGGAUUAUUUCAAGUUCCGAUAUUUAGCGAGAAAACUGACGACGAAGAUUCUGGAAACGACGAACCGACAGAUCUUUAUUACAAUCACGAACGAAGAACGAGCCAGCAACAACAAAAUUCUCCGCAAAAUGUGAAUUUCAAUGUGUUCAAUAAUCAGAAUCCACCUGUCAAUACAUGCGCGAGCGUUGAAUCAUUUAGAAUCAAUUAUGAAAGAAAUUUGGAAAGGUUGCAAGAAUAUCAGCGCCGUCAGGAUAACUGUUUGCAGUACGAACAUGAAGUUGGAGAACCUUCUAGGCCUUAUAAUUUGUCAUAUAGAUUGGAUAUGUUGACAAAUCAUAAGCAUAUAGAACACGAGCCUAUCAACGUGCCCGGUCUUGUAGAGAGCCUACCACCUGAGGUUCUUUUGGCCGUUUUCUCUCAUCUAGACGACGUAAGCCUUUGGUCGGCCGCAAAUGUUUGUCGCAGAUGGUGCGGCCUAUUAUCGACCCACGUAACGGCUCAACAGUGGCAGCAACACGUGAAGAUGCGUUGGCCGUUAUAUAGACCCAUUGGGUUGGUUAAAAAUUGGUACAAAGUGUACGAUCAGCUUGCUUCUUCUGCCCCCUGUAGAACGUGUUUAGCUCAAACGUCGUUACGAACGAGAGCUCCGAGAAUGGAGGAAUAUUAUUGGAGGCGAAAUAGACUACUAAGCGAACUGAAAAGUUUAAGAAUGGAUCCUCCGGAGGGUAUAGAAGCUACGCCUUUGGAUCAAAUGUGCUGUCAUUGGCAGGCUACGAUUACCGGACCCGUGGGUAGUCCUUACGAGGGUGGAUUGUUUUAUUUAUACUUACAAGUACCAUACAGUUAUCCAAUGUGUCCACCUGUCGUAAGAUUUCUCACAAAAAUCUUACAUCCGAAUGUUUCAAGGCACGGAGACGUUGGUAUAGACUCUAUACAUCACAAUUGGUCUUUGGCUCUUACCAUAUCGAAGGUCCUCAUUAGCGUGCAAAGUUUACUCACUGAUCCAUACUGUCAGGUAUGUAUGGAGCCAGAAUUAGGGGAAAUGUAUAUGAACGACCGUGAAAGAUUCGAAGAAGUAGCUAGGACGUGGACGUGGCGGUACGCGAUGCACGACGUUAUAACGCCACCUUAAUGUAUCAAAAAAUAAGAUAUUAUCAACGUUAUCAUUCGUAAAAUAGACUGAAUGGAUUAUCGAUCGAGACGUCGACGAAACGUGGUACUCUCAAGAGGACUUCCUCCCAUUUUACUCCGGUCAACCUGAAAAGAACAAUUUCGAUGGCAUCUUUACGACUGACUAAAACCACGGAAAGAAAGUCGCGCAGCUGUUAGGUGGAUCCUUCGUCGAAACAAAAGUUAAAAUUGAAAACUGGAAGGAUCGAAGCUACCUCUUACUCCUCCCUCUCCGAUGUCUUUUCAUUUUCCUAGUCAUAAACCAACAACUGAUGUUCCUGAGGUCGGUGGUGCGUUUCACGAGGAGAUUCGACUGCAACGGCAUAAUUAGUAGAGGAUUCUUAGGGAAUCUCUCUCUCUCUCUCUCUUUUGCUCUUUCACUAGCUAAACUCGAGCAUCUUCCUCUUUCGGUAAAACGGACGAUAGUCUCGAGAAGAUCGAGCUGAGAGAGCUCUAGCCCGAGUCAAGGUGGGUGGUCCGCGCAUGGAGCCUGCGGGCUCUCUCUCUCUCUCUCUCUCUCUCUCUCUCUCUCUCUCUCUCUCUCUCUCUCUCUCUCUCUCUCUCUCUCUCUCUCUCUCUCUCUCUCUCUCUCUCUCUUUCUCUCCUUACCUCGAAUACCUUCUUCUCCGUCGUACACACGGGGGUCCUCCUGCCGUUCUUGGCUACGUGUGUGGCCAACACCAGCAUCCUUCUCUUUCUUGCUCCCUUUUCUUCUGCCUACCACCUAUCUUCUUUCCUUCCUUUUCCGCCCUCUCCCUCAUACACGCGCACGCUACCUCGAUCCUCUUCGGUGUGUGUGCAUGCGUGCGUGCGUGUGUGUGUGUGUGGCGUGCGCGGGAAAGAGUCUACCUCUACCAAACGCACCAAGAGCAGCAAUACCUUUCCUGUUUACGAAAGUCCAUCGUCGCGUUGGAAGAGGCCAACGAAAAACGAACGAACGCCAUGAAUUCUACGAUACGACGAUACGGUUUUAUCUUGUAAGCUCUCAAGAAGACUUGGAGACUUUCGAAUCUAUUCGUUUGUCUCACUCGCGACGCGACCCGUGAAAGAGGGCGGCCAAGUCACGAUACUCUUUCUCUCUCACUCUCCCGGAUUCGUUCUCGCGAAUUUCCAAGUACCGUGUUGCUAGAAAAGAGACAUUGUCAUCGCAGAUAAUAACAGCGAAUUUGCGGUAGAGAAAGAGAGGAGAUAAUGGAAAUGUCGAUUGGAAGGUAGCUCUAGGGCAAAAGAAAGGUAUGUUGAAAUCUUAGAAAUUCCUGGACCAUAUUACUUCCACGCUAAUUACUUCCACGUCUCGUAAAUAUCGUUUACUCUCGAUAAUUAUAGCGCCGGCGGGCGAGGUUCGUGCAAAAUAUCCCCCUCGUAAAUAUCGGUCUUAUUCUUAAUUAUAAUCGCGAGUGCGCUCGUUAACGAGCCGAGCUUUAGCAACGAUAUUAUACUUUAUAGUCCGUUUGUACGAGCAAUUCGAAAACUUCUUUAAUCGCGGAGAGUAGCCGCUGCUGCGCUACCAAGAGGAUCGUUUCGCGUUUGGGAAAUACACCGAAGUACCGUGAUGAUGUGUUCAGGUAGAGCUUACACCGGCUAUACGAUAUCCAAGUCUGUUAAAAGAAACCGACGUGUGUGGCCAAGUGGUCGAGAGCACCACGCUGGAUCCGUAUAGUUGGUUCACAAUAACAGCUGAUGCUCAAUAGAAUGCCCCAUAGCCCUUCGCCUCCGACUCUCUCUCUCUCUCUCUCUCUCACACACACACUCUCUCAUUCACUCACUCACUCACUCACUCACUCACUCACUCACUCACUCACUCUCCGCUACCUUUUCCUCCUUCCUCGACAUUAAGCACUGCUCUUCACACUCUCGCGUCUCUUAUUUUCUUAUACAUCUACCUACUCAUCCAAGGUGAGUGCUCUCUAUUCGUAUCCUACUUUCUUUCUACGUCGACCUAUCAAGUUUUUUGAUAAUAUUGCCCCCCCCCCUCUCUCUCUCUCUCUUUCUCUCUCUCUCUCUCUCUCCUCGAAAUCUUAAAGGAGAGGAGAGAGAAUUGUUUUGAAAAUUUAUAUCCAAAGAAUUGUUAGACGAGCAUUGUUACGAUUCUUCGUGAUCAUCUCAGUUUACAAAAUGAGCUACGCGAUCGUUAGAUAAUAAUCGUCUUGCUCGUGCACCUGUCCGAUAUCGAGUGGCCCCUUGUGAUCUUUUAUUUUGUCCCUUCGCUAACUGAACUGCCUGCCUGCCUGGCUGGCCUUCUUCCUUACGAGCAACACAUCGACACACGGUGGUAAGAAAUAUAUUUAUUAUUUAAAUUAAAUACUCUCGAUUGUCCAUUGGUAGAAAAAAAAUAAUGCGAUAGUCGUAAAAUAAUUAAAAGUAACUACAAUAGAUAAAAAUAAUUUACAGUUGUUGUACCUUCGUUACAUUCUCGUCGCCCGUUACAAGUCUUUUUGAUAACGCGAUUCGAUAUAUCGUUAGUUUUCAUUUUUCAAGAGAGUCUUAGACAAUGUAUUCGAUAGCAUCGAAAAAGUUCCUUUUUCUUAUUUUCAUUAAUAACCAAUAUCGACAUAUCCAAUGUUACCUUUAACGCGACUCUUUUUACGCAAUCACCCUAGAUAAUCCGAAAGUUCUCAUUAACCUCUUUAUCGUUCGCAUUAUGAAAGAAAGGAAGAAAUUAGUAUUUCCGCCGUUACGAAUAGAUACGAUUACUUCGAAACGCAUAUAUAGCUUGGUAACUCGCGCUUAAUUUCGCAUAAUAAACGUACAAUACGUCGUAUGAUUCCUUCGAUUCGGACGAAUGUACGCUCGUCGUCUUAUGUUAUCAAUUGACAGGUCUUCAAAACAUAGUGAAGAAAACGGUGGGAUACAUCGUCGAUGAGAAAGUUUGGAGAGUUGGAAUAAUGAAAAGAAAAAAAAAAAAUCAAAUGAAAAAGUCGCACCCUUCAAAGGGGAAGAAUAACCUUUUGCGAUUGUGAUCAAUGUUCGGUCGUGCUUUGUCAUAAAUUAAGAAUAAUAAUAAUAAUAAUAAUAAUAAUAAUACUUAUAACGCAACAAUAUUAAAAACAAAUAACCCUAUCUGUUACUAUAUAAUACAUAAUCAAUGUACAACGCAAAACGGUCUCCUUGCUCCUCGGUCAAUUUUCUUUGCAGAAUUUUUUGGAACACGCGGUUAGUUUCUAUCGGAAAUCUUUGCGUCUUUAACGCAAAGCGCAGUCUUCGAUUAGGAUACUCGGGGACAAAAGCGGCAGCUUUAUCUCUGGCGGUCGUCCUCUUCAUGGACCGCGUUCAUAGUCCGGCGCUUAUUCUCGUAAACAUUCCUAGAAAAAUGCUCUUUGGUCGUUCACUCGCGGAAUACUGUACUGUACUUUAUUUGGACAUCUCGUCUUGCCACUCGGUGGUACUCGGCAUCAGUCUGAAAAAUACAAUACGCUAGACCGUC